AUGUCGAGGAUCUUGAACCUAUCAUGGUACAUGUACGAGCUCUCAGGUGCUGCGUUAAAUUGUGCUAUUCGCCGUGCUGCAACAGGCCGGCUAUCUAAAUCCAAAAAUGUACUGCCAUUCUCUACGCACGAGUUCCAACCUGUUGCAAUUGGGAUCUGGAAUGCGAUGAGAAAAUACUUAGACAGCCCUGAGCUUGACGAAGGUGAGUUCUUGCCCCGCAUGACCGCACACCACGAACAAUGUUUAAAGGCUCUUCGAUCUCGCACAGGUGAAGCAUUGCCUAUCAAGAAAUACAAUAUAUAUGUCCCGUCCUCCUCGUCGGAACUAUACCGAUCGGUGGUGAGUACCUCAGCAUCAACACCAUCUUCCAACUCGGUACCAUCACUAACACCUCAAAACACACUUGCAUCAUCUUCAUCUUCGUUGUCUAAUGCAUUGUGGUACCCCAAGCCUUGUGGAUUUGUAGAUUCCCCUCAGGUUGCACAAAAUGCACCAUGUGUUCCCGAUGGCAGUUCGCAGGGCUUCUAUUACAGCGGUGAAACGCCUUCAGGCUUCCAGCCACAACCUGAAUACCGUGACCACAUUCCGCCGGAGUCGCACUCUUACAGAGAGGAAACGUUGGAUCAUCGCGAUCUGCCGCCAUUUAUGCAGGACAACCUGCAGCAUAAUAACCAUUUCUAUUUUACAUCAGGUUUGAGUGCAGGCUGGGGCGCCUCGGAGGGUAGUUCAAGUUUGGGGGGGGCGCUACUACCAUAA